AUGAAUACAUCAAUCCCUCAAACUAUGAAAGCUAUUGUCCUUAGUGGGCCUUAUGAAGUUUCUACGGUAACUAAACAGAGCCCAACGAUUCAAGACCCAACAGAUGUAAUCUUGAAAGUUAAAUAUUCCGGCUUAUGUGGAACUGAUUUACAUACCUACAGAGGACAUAUUAAACUAGGAUCAAAAGAUCAAAUUAUAGGACAUGAAUUCUUAGGUACAAUUGUAUCCAGAGGAUCUGCAAUUACCGAUUCGGACUUUAAAAUUGGAGAUGAUGUAUUAAGUACUUUUACUAUUCAAUGUGGAGAAUGUUGGUAUUGCAAACAUGGAUAUUCUGGGCAAUGUGAUAAGACAAAUACUUUCGGUAAAGUGGGAUUGGAUGGGGGCCAAGCUGAGUAUGUAAGGGUUCCCUAUGCUAUGUCAACUUUAAUUAGGAAGCCAGAAAGUAAGUCAACUGAAGAUGAUGCGGUCUAUGUAAUGAUGGCAGAUAUUUUUAUUACUGGUUAUUAUGGAGUUAAGAAAAUAUUAAAUCAUUUAAAAAAUGAAUCUGCUGAUGGAUACACUAAAUCUGAUAUAAAGGAUAUUACUAUUUUGCAAUUAGGGGUGGGGCCUGUUGGUUUAUGUGCUUUGAGGAUUCUUAAGCAUUUCGGAUUUGAAAAAGUCGUUUGUGUUGACAGUGUCACAUCACGUUUAGAAGAAGCUAGGCGGUUUGGUGCCUUUAAAGCUAUUAAUUUUGAAACGGAAAAAAAUGGGGUUGCCGAUUUCAUCAAAGAGUCGACUAAUAAUGUGGGGUUUGAUGUUGUCUUAGAGGUUGUGGGUGCAUCCUCUGCUUUAAGAACUGCCUAUGAUUCAGUAAGAGGAAAUGGUUUUAUCUGCUCCAUUGGUAUGGCUCAUGAUCCAUUACCUUUUACAGGAUUGGAUUGUUACUUGAAGAACGUCAAUAUUUCUUUCGGAAGAUGCCAUGCUUGGUCAUUAUUUCCUGAGGCCUUGGAUUUAUUUGAAGUUUUAAAACCAGAUUUUACAAGAUUUAUUGACUGCAAGCUAGGGUUAGACGAAUCCAAGAAAGCUUUCGAUAUUUUUGAUAAACAUAAAGUAAAUAAAGUAGUGUUUGAUUUGACCAAAUAA